AUGUUGUUAUCGGACCAAAAUGGAGAAGGGAAAACAACAUUCUUCGAGUGGUUUUGGAACUCUCUAAAUACAUAUCUCGUUUAUAUUUCAUUAUUUAUUAUUUGUGUUGGUAUGAUUCCUAUAUUAAUGAUACUUGGUGGAAUUUUUGUACUACCUACAGUGAUGAGCGUGCAGUUUUCUGAUCCAUCUUUGUUGACAUACUGCCAUCCAAUGCUUUACACUUAUGCGUUUAGUACUGCUCUAAUCUAUUUUGGCAUCUUUAUUGUUCUUUUAGUUUUUAUUUACUCGUGCUGGACAGCAGCUUCUGAUUAA